AUGUCUCCAUCAUUGAAAUCUCGAGCCAAAGGCGCUAUCUGGGGGGUCUGUGUAGCAGACGCACUCGGUGGCCCAGUACAAUUCAGAGAUGCAGGAACAUUCAAGCCGAUCACAACCCUAAGAUAUGUCGAGCCCUUCAGUCAACCAGCUGGAUCCUACUCUGAUGAUGGGUCUAUGACUCUAGCCUUGGCAUGCUCGUUCUCCAAGUCCGAUAUGCAAUACAACCAUACGUUGUCAAUUGAAUACUUUGUCGACUGGCUAACCAAAGGCCGUUUCGGCACUGUCGGUCACUCGUGGGAUGUAGGAAGAUCCACUCGCAUCUCUCUGAGGAAAUGGAUUAAGUAUGGCAUGGAGGGAGGAGAUUUCGAAUUUGCACAGGUGAUGGUCAUUGAUGCAUUGAAUUACAAUGAGUACUCUGGCAAUGGGAGCUUGAUGAGGAUUGUCCCCAUCGGGGUUGUUUACUGGAAUAAUUCUACAUUGGCGAGGGAAGUCGCCAGAAAGCAUAGCCAGAUCACUCAUCCUUCAAUGGCUUGUGUGGAAGCCUGUGAAGCGUAUACGGAGUUGGUGUGCAAGGCUAUGAAUGGUGAAACGAAGAAGCAACUCUUCCAUGCAUUAUCCGUGUUCCCAUUUACUCACCCUGAUCUAAAGGAGCGUAUGUCACUAUACAGAUAUAGGACAAUCAACGACUGGAAAUCCAAGGCGCCUAGUGAGAUAACCAGCAGUGGGUGGGUUGUCGAUACACUAGAGUGCGCCCUUUGGGCAUUCUUCAAGUAUGACACCUGGAAGGAAGGGGCGUUGGCAGUUGUCAACUUGGGUGGUGACUCGGAUACCGCAGGGGCUGUUUAUGGAGGUCUUGCCGGCACGUUCUAUGGGGUUGACUCGAUUCCUAGCGAAUGGGUGGACGGGAUGCAGAAUAAAGGGUUCAUUGGAAGUAUUGCUGAUACACUGUCUGAUGGAAUUGCUUGA